CUCAGUUCUGACGGAGCCAUGACAUGCGCGCGCGCACCCAGCGACCAUGGUCGAGUUCGCUUUGGAAAAUAACCAGCAGGCUGGCACCUCAGGCGACAACUUCAGACAGUUCCAUGAAAACUACAGUUACGCUAUGCACCAGAAUCCGAACCAAGGAGCAGUUUCUAGAAACAUCCAAGGCUAUGAUUCCCCUAAACCACCAAUCCCAGCCAAAAAUAUGUAUGGCACAAAACCUGAGACACCUAACAAUUCGCAAAUGAUCACAGUGACGGUAGAAACUGGGAAAGAUAGCACGAGAGACGCUCCUAAAAGCAAUAAAUCAGUCAGUAAGACAUAUCAUACACUCAAAGACAUGAUCUCAAGUAGAUUUAAAAGUAAAGACACCAAUGAGACUGAGAGGAACAACGAACCUGAACCUAGUUUGAAUAAUAGCGAAGAGAGGAAAAGGCCGGAGCCUGAGCAGGCGACGCCAAGAGAGACGAGCACGAGGAAGAUGGAGCAGGGGAUUUAUGGAAGACCAAUGCCGCAGAACAGACCUGAUAUGCAGUAUGGACACAGCAUGGCAAAUAAUAUGGCAUAUCCCAGUCCAUCUCCACACAGACAAAUGAUGCAGCAGCAGAUAGUUCAGCAACAGAUGAUGCUGAACCACCAGGCCAGGUCACAAGAGAUGCUGGCGUCAACACCCCACUCCCGGCAACAGCCCCAGGCGUUGGGGGCAGACGCCCUGUACCAACAGUACGGACCACCCGGUAGAAGAAGUGCCCUCUAUCAGAGAGAUGUUGACGUUCGAUCUAUGGCCAACUUCACUUCUCUGAAAACGGGACCCCAAACGUCGUUUGAAAAUUCACACUCAAGACCAGAUCUCAGAAGUCCUCAACAAUUAGAAAGAGAGAUCAUAAGACAAAGAGGCUUAGUAGAAGGCAGACGGGCCACAUCACACCCUCAUCUUCUAGAUGAACCACAACCAAGACUUGAAGUCACCACACCGCAGAUUCAUGACAGAUCAAGAAGAAACUCUCAUGGGAAUCUUCUAGAAGUACACGAGAAUGAACCGCAGAGGACUUGUGACGAGAGGGAGUCAGAUGAUGGAGGUUUCAGAGCCAGGCUAGCAGCUCAGGGCAGAUCUAGCUUUGAAGAGCGAAUCAGAACCAGUGGGCGUUCAAUAGAGUCUCAUAGAAUGCAGGAGAACGUUUACAGAAGAACGCCGGAAAUUCACAAAGAAUCUAGAAGGACGCCUGAAAUACAUAGAGAAUCAAGACGCACUCCUGAAAUCCAUAGGGAAUCAAGACGGACGCCCGAUAUGCAUAGGGAAUCUAGGAGAACCCCAGAUAUUCAUAAAGAACGUAGAACGCCUGAUUCGAUAGGACAGAAAAUUAAAGAAGAAGCAUCUGGUCAUGGAGAAAGGAAUGACGAGAGUGCAAGUCAGAAGUCGGUGGACAGCGUGUAUAAUUCGAACAGUAAAGCAGAGGCGAGCCAUCCGCAGCCGUCGUCUUCAAGGCACACGCCGAACAGGAUAGAAGAUUUGAAGGCACAUGGGAAGAAGGGAGCUGGAUCUGGUGCUAGUUCAGAUUACGACAAAAACGGUGGACAGUCAUCGAACGUGGACUCCGGGAGAGGCAGCGUGGCCUACUCCAGCGGGCGGAGACCGGAGGCCAGUCUGCACGACACGUCGGCCGACUCUGAUGCUGUGGGGCCUUCGAGGUCCCAGCCUCAACCGGGGACCAGCCAGCAAGCGGCUGGACAGAGCGGCGAGAACGAAUGGGCAGACCUAGUAGAAUGCGAACUGCGCCAGAUCCUGGAGCCGAAGCUGGCCGGCAUGAGGCUGGACUCUUCGGCCAGCUCCGACAGUUCUGUCACGCCACCGCUGCCGCCGCUGUCGCCGUCGUCUGACAUGCACAAGAGAAACAGCCUUCCAGGUCGGUCGUCGGAGUACCCUGAGGACCGGAGACGAGGCAGGGAGUCCCCGCGCUGGCACGGCCACAAGAAACAUUCGUCCAAAAGAGAUCACCAUUAUAAGAAACACCUUUUCGGGCUAGACACCACCGACAUGACGUCAACCACCACCCGCAGCCUGGAUCUCUCCUCUCUCCUGGACGGGAGGACAGACAGUGACGCAUCUACAGGAGACGCGAGGGCCAUCCGGCGUCAGCUCAGAGGAUUAGAGAACAUGUAUGCUGAGGUCCUGCAGCUGUUGGGAGUGAGGAAGCCGGCUAGUUUGGCUAAGCAUCCUACGUGGGAGUCGAGGCUAUCGUCCAAACGUCGAUACGGAAGCAUGUCAUCGUUACCGUCCAGCUCAGUCAGCAGUAGACCAGUGAGAGAAAAAAGGCGCAGCUCCAAUGACCACAGGAAGAAACAUGAUCUCAAGGGAAUAAACAAGCGCUUCCAGCGGCUGGAGGCGCACGUGGUGACGCUGGCGCGCUCGGUGGCGCACCUGUCCAGCGAGAUGCGCACGCACCACCUCGUCAUGCAGGAGGUGGACGCCGUGCGCGCCGAGCUGCUGGCGCUGCGCCACAUGUACAAGUGA